UUUCCUUUGUUUUCUUGUAUAUAAAAUCAUUCUUUCUUUCUUUCUUGUGAUUGUAAAUUGAAGCAAUCUCAGAUUCCAAUCACUCUGCCAUUUUAGGGUUUUCUUCAUUCGAUUAACGGUGAACUGUUAAUAAUUUUACAAAUCAAUUUCAAAAUUGACUGAUUGAAUUUGAUUUUGGUGAGAGUGGGAAUUAGGGUUUGUUGUUUGAAAGGAAAUGUCUGCAGGAGUCUGUGGGAAACGUUUAGGGUUCGAAGAAAUCUUCGGAUCUUCAUCAUCACCUUCUAAUAAGAGAUCAAGAAGGUAUUCACCAGUUCGUGAUUUUGGAUUUGGUUCUUCUUCUGAAGAUAAGAUUUCAAUCUUACUUCGUAUGUUCCCAUCUAUGGAUCGUGAGUUGGUGGAAAGUGUUCUGAAUACUCACAAUCAUAAAAUUGAAGAUGCAAUUGAGAGUCUAAAUGCUCUGUGUAUUGGGGAUGUUUCUGCGAGAACUGAAUUACAAAGUCCGGAUUCUAUGAUGGCGGCCAAUAGUCCUCCGGUUCAAGGUGCAGAGAGUAUUCAAGAAGCGGAGGAGAAGAUUGAAGAAUUGAAAGAAAAGAAUGCGGCCUCUGAAUCUAGAAAUCCCACGGAUGGGGCUUCGUGGGUGGAUAUAUUUGUCCAAGAAAUGAUGAGCGCCUCAGACCUUGAUGAUGCUAGGAGACGUGCUGCAAGGAUGUUGGAAGCGUUUGAGAAGAGUGUUGCUGACAAUGCAAGGGCAUCACAUGAGGAGAUUGCGGUAUUGAAAGAGCAUCUGCAGAACAUGUUAAGAGACAAUCAGAUACUUAAGAGAGCUGUUGCCAUACAGCAUGAACGCAAUUUAGAGCAUGAGGGUAAGGUGAGGGAAGUGGAGCAACUGAAGCAUGCGCUAGGCCAGUACCAUGAGCAAAUCAAAACAUUAGAGAUGAACAAUUACACACUGAAGGUCCAUUUGCAAAGGGCGCAAGGAAGUAGUUCCAUGCCGGGAAAUUUUCAUCCCGACAUAUUCUAAGGCUGCCUUAUUUAAUUGUUAACACUAUUGUCGUGCUUAUUUUUUUUAGUUAUUAGGAUAAGUUAGUCAGUCACCAGUUCUUGCCGGUUCAUCAUAAACCAAUUGUCAACCCUUAGUGUGUCCAGUCUUGAACAAUAUAGUGAAGAUUUAUCCGGUCAAGUGGCUGACCAGUCGUCAUAUGUAACCACAUAGCUUUGAUUUUUUCCAUUUUUAUUUAUUUGUUAGGCCUUGGUAUCAAGAGAAUGUAUGUAGCUUUAAAAGUUACUGUGAUAACUUAAUAACAGUGUAUGUCUGAUAAGAUGUCUGGGAGCAAAUUGAAGGCACAGUCAAUUGUUCUGAUA